AUGAAUAUAACCGAUGCUACCCAGAAACGAGCGUUGUUAUUACACUACGCUGGCCCAGAUGUUGACGAUAUUUUUGAAACACUACCCGACACGGGUGAAGACAAAGAUUAUAAAAAAGCCGUAGAAUGUUUAAACACGUAUUUCGUUCCGAAAGUCAACAUGGUCUACGAGGAAUAUCAAUUUCGUCAGGCGAAACAGCGCUCGAAUGAAAACCUAGCUUCGUAUCAUACCCGGCUUAGACGGCUUGCCAAACACUGCGGUUUUGCUGACGUUGACAAGGAAAUUCGCACACAAAUUGUCUUCAGCUGUACCUCUCACAAGCUUAGACUACGUGCCCUUCGCGAGGACCUCAGUCUUACAGCCCUUCUCGAAGCAGGUCGUGUAGCUGAGAUCACAGAUCGACAAGCCAGAGCUCUACAUUCAACCUACCGGCCAGUACUGACCAAAGCGACAAUGCCCUUCCCUCACGUAGCAAACCAUAUUCUGUCCACCCGGAUCAGCAUGCUCCGCCCCACACUCCCAACAAUCAACGAACACACACUCAUUCCCUCUGUCGAAAUUGCGGCGGCGACCGUUUUCUCAUGCUAUUUCCUGCCCUGCCAACGGGAAAACGUGUCGUUCUUGUGGCAAAAAUGGACAUUUUGCCAAAGUUUGUCGCUCCAGACCCCAGCAGCGCCCUCGUUUUGUCCAACAAAUAGCUGA